UUUGUGUAUUUGACUUGGUGCAUUUUGUCGCCUCAACUUCUUGAAACCUUCAAUGGGGUCUUUCCGGUCGUAUCAAUCUUCUUCUGUCUUCUGCACCAACUAGAAGAUGGAGAUAUGAUGUGUUCCUAAGCUUUAGGGGGGAAGACACUCGCAACAACUUUGUAGAUCAUCUAUAUGCGGCUCUUGAUCAAAGAGGAAUACAUGUGUUCAAAGACGAUAAGGCACUUCAUAAAGGGAAACCAAUAUCCCGAGAGCUGCUGGAAGCCAUUGAAGAAUCAAAGUUUGCUGUUGUUAUUUUCUCUAAACAUUAUGCCAACUCUUCAUGGUGUUUGGAUGAGCUUGUCAAAAUCAUGGAAGGCCGAGAUCAGACCGGACAGAUGGUGUUACCGGUGUUUUAUCAUGUAGAUCCAUCCCAUGUGCGUGGACAGAAAAGAGACUUCGAUACUGCCUUCCAGCAACACGAUGACAAGUUUAGGGGAGAGAUAGAUAAAGUAAACAAGUUGAGGAAAGCUUUAGCUGCAGCUGCCGGUCUAUCUGGCUGGCAUGUCUCGGAAACAGGCAAUGGGUACCAAAAGAUAACGGUGGGGUGUCGUUCCAGUUUCCAUUGUUGACUUCAACAAACUAUACCACGUGGGCAAUCAAGAUGGAGGCUAUCAUGGAUGCUCAAGGUGUUUGGGAAUCCAUAGAACCAAUAGUCGGAGUGACUGUUGAUAAGAAGAAGAACAAGAUAGCACGAGCCUACAUCUUCCAAGAAAUACCAGAG